UCCCCUCUAAACACUGGCGCCUCCUUCCUGCGCUGUUUGUUUGCGGUCAGUUGAUCCGGAGCGGAAAUUCCUUUCCGUUUUUGUGAAUGACAAACUUAUUAACAAUUCAUCGGCGCAGGCCCCGGUUUCCAUCCGGCCCCGUUGCCAAGGCGACGCCGCCCCGAGCCUUCCUAUUGGUCGGCGCGCAAUAAUGUAGGCAUUGAAACGCCGCGCCCUCGCCUCCAUUCACUAACACACAACCCGAGAGAGAGAAAGACAGAGCGCGAGACUGAGAGAGGGAGAGAAGGACAGAGAGAGAGAGAGAGAGUGAAGUUCACGGAGGAAGCUUUGCGUUACUGGAACAGAACACAGCUGAACUGGAACGGAGACUUUACCGUGAGCGCUUUAACGAGCUUGCACCGAGCUGGAUCUUCAGUUUGGCUUGAGCUUCUUCUUGCUUUAAGAAAAAAAAAGAGAGAGAGAGAGAUUGUUAUAUAACCGGAAGAAGAACGUCAGUGGGGCUGUAGCUUACUCACAGGCGCGCGUGAGUCAUUGAUAAACGCGCAGGCAUUUCUUAGCGCAGUCGCAUGAAUGGACGGAUUCGGAGCAAGUCUCCACUUUACGCUUUAACCGCAAAAAAAUUUUUUUUGCAUUUCUUGAUCACCGAGGGUCUACAAAAUAUAUAUUUUUAAAAAUAUUAUUAUUAUUUUUUUAAAUCUUUUUUUUUACGCCGCGUGAUCGCGAGCGUAUGCUUCGGCCUGGCCUGGUGAAAAGCCGCGGCCUUUGGACCCACGACGCCUCGCACCCCCCGGCCCCCGGUAACGGAAACCCCGAUGCUCGAUAAGUUCCGACCCGCGCAGCUCGACACGGCAAUGGCGAUCAGCAAGAGCGUGGCGUGGCUAAGGGAGCAGCUCGAGACGCGCCGCGAGCGCCUGCUCGUGAUGGACUGCCGCGCGCGCGAGCUCUACGACUCGUCGCACGUCGAAGCGGCCAUCAACGUGGCCAUCCCGAGCCUCAUGCUGCGGCGACUCAAGAAGGGCAACCUGCCCGUUAAGUCGCUGCUCUCCGACGGACAGGAUCGCGAAAGGUUCGCGCGACGCUGCAGGACCGACACCAUCGUGCUGUACGACGAGUGCAGUCGCGAGUGGAACGAGAACGUGGACGGCGGCUCGGUGCUCGGUUUACUGCUGCGGAGGAUGAAGGACGAGGGAUACAAAGCCUUUUACCUUGAAGGCGGUUUCAGCAAGUUCCAGGCCGAGUGUCCAGCGCUCUGCGAGACCAACCUGGACGGCUCUUGCGGGGGAAGCGGUUCUCCCACGUCACACGUUUUGGGCCUCGGUGGCCUGCGCAUCAGCUCAGAUUCGUCAGACAUCGAGUCGGAUGCGGACCGUGAGCCCGGCAGCGCCACCGACUCGGACGGCAGCCCGGCGUCCAACCCGCAGCCGUCGUUCCCAGUUGAGAUCCUGCCACAUCUGUACCUAGGCUGCGCCAAGGACUCCACCAACCUGGACGUGCUGGAAGAGUUCGGCAUCAAGUACAUCCUGAACGUCACCCCGAACCUGCCCAACCUUUUCGAGAAUGCAGGAGAGUUCAAGUACAAACAGAUCCCCAUAUCGGACCACUGGAGCCAGAACCUGUCGCAGUUCUUCCCGGAGGCCAUCAGCUUCAUCGAUGAGGCUCGAGGUCAGAAGUGCGGCGUCCUCGUGCACUGCCUCGCCGGUAUCAGCCGCUCCGUCACGGUGACCGUGGCCUACCUGAUGCAGAAGCUCAACCUGUCCAUGAACGACGCCUACGACAUCGUCAAGAUGAAGAAGUCGAACAUCUCGCCCAACUUUAACUUCAUGGGCCAGCUGUUGGACUUUGAGCGCACACUGGGGCUGCAGAGCCCGUGCGACAACCGAGCUUCGGCGCCGUCGCAGCCGCUCUACUUCAGCACACCCACCAAUCACAACGUCUUCCAACUCGACCCGCUCGAGUCCACGUGAGACGACGAGCACGCUGCAGAAGGUGCCUGACCAUCCCAAUGUGGCUUUCUGUCUUUUUUCCCCUCUCAGACGGAGGAGGGUUUUCCGGACGUUUUUGACGCAACUGGCGCAAGAUGCCAACUGUCGCGAGUUAGCCAAUGACGCGCCAACGCGCUUUGGCCCGAAGCGGAAAGGCAGCUGCUGUACUAUUGGGACGGAGAAACGCAGCUCUGUAUCUCUCUCAGACUCUGUAAGGUAGUUCCUGCUUUCUAUCUUCGUACUCAAGCAUGUGAAGACUGUCAAAACGAGGAACUUCUGGACGUGCCAAAGAGACUGGAAAUGGACAGUUAAAUGGACGAGUUAAAAAGAGAACAUUUUUCAUUUUUUUUCUAGCACUUGCACCUUCACGUUUUUUCGGGUGUGCUCUUUUUGUCUUCAGUGAAGACUUGCCUGUUUUGGGGGAUUUAAAAAAAAUAUUUACAAAACACCCUCGUUGACGAUGGCACAGUAUAGUGUACUCCAGUUUGUUUGUGUGGAGACACUUUUGAAUCGUUUAUACUUGUGUAUAUUAAGGACAUCGUUAUUAUAGCCACAGUAUACCUGUUACGGAAAAGAAGAAACAGGUGCCGAACUUCUUUUUUUUUGUCUUCUUUUGUCUUCUAAACUGAAUAUUGAUCAAUAUAAUCUAUGAGUUAAAUGCCAAAAAAGAAACUGAAUAGGUUUUGUGAGAUGAUAAAUGUGUAUAAUGUAAUAUAUUUCUUUUUCUUUUCUUUAUGAACGAGUCUUUAUCAGCCUUUUCUUACACAUCCUUCCACACUCUGAGAGUCACCUUGUUCCCCCUGCCUUAGGUCUUCUGUACAUAGGAGUAUCAUCGUGCAUUAACUUCUCCGAGCAAUUCCUCAUGACGCUUCUCUGUCGCCGGCUGUCAGAGUUAUUAAACUAACAGCACAUUCAGAAAGUAUUGUAUCAGUAUGUGUUCCAGUCGAGAAUACGGCUGCAUGCUCAUGACGAAUCUAGAACCGGGACGCCUUGAUUUUUUUUAUUUUAAUUUUUUUUAACGGUGGAAGAUCGUGAUCGAAGUGGGCGGUGCUUGUUUUUUUUUUUGUUUUGUUUUUUCCUUUUUUAUUUGUGCGAUUCGAGGUCUCUGAAAUGUCGGCAACGCGGGAGACGUUCAUGCGCCUUCCGCUCUUCAGGGAAAUUCUGUGAAAUGCAAUUUAGUUGUCUGACUCGGAUUUAAAUGGGAACCUGGUUCCCCAAAGCAAAGGCCUGUUCUGAAGGAGGAAGGUUCCACUCUGGGACUCGUCCUUCCAACCCUACGAAUGUAAAGAGAUGAUAAGUUAUUAAUAAAUUGCUAUUUUGUCUAUUCAAAUCUA